GGAACGUGGAAGGCGCACCGACCGGGAGCUGGCCAAGGAGGGCGAGUGAAAGAAGGACAUAAGAAAGGGGGGUUAAGCAAAUGCUCAUAAUCAUAACCAUAAUAAACCCGGCAGAGCCACGGUUGGAGAGACUGAGACUCCGCGCAAGAGAGCACUGCCCCAGGGGGCAGAAGAACCGGAGACCCAACGGCGCGCACUCACCACUGACGUUUGCUGCAUCUGUGGCUUUUUAAACAAACAAGCAAACAAACAAACAAACCAAAAAAAAAAAAAGCCAACCGAGAAAACCGCUAGCGGCAGCCUCACACGCGAGCGCCACGCGAAGCUCCCGGAGCCAAAACCGCGACGGGAGGAGGGGGAGGGAGGAGCAGGAGCGUGGAGGGAGGAGGAACAGCUCGGGCACCUUCUUCGCUCCCAUCCUGAGUAGUCUCCCGGGGGGCUCUCUUCUUUUUUCUUUUCUUUUCUUUCCUUCCCUCGGGGCUCCCUCUCCGUCUGUCCCCCGCUUUCCCUCUCUGUGCUCGCGCGCCCGAGUCCCGCGCGGUGUCCCCCCUCGCGCGCCCCACACCGCGCGCGGCCCCGGCUCGCUCCGAUCCCGCGACUCCUUGGCCGGCGCAGUGCAUGGAGAGCUCUGCCAAGAUGGAAAGCGGCGGCGCCGGCCAGCAGCCCCAGCCGCAGCCGCAGCCUCCCUUCCUGCCGCCCGCCGCCUGCUUCUUUGCCACGGCCGCGGCGGCCGCAGCGGCGGCGGCGGCGGCCGCGGCGGCGCAGAGCGCGCAGCAACAGCAGCAGCAGCAGCAGCAGCAACAGCCGCCGCCGCCGCAGCAGCACCCACAGCAGCAUCCACAGCAGCACCCGCCGCCGCCGCCGCCGCCGCCGCCGCCGGCGCCCCAGCUGAGCCCCGCCGGCGACAGCCAGCCCUCAGGGGGCGGUCACAAGUCGGCGCCCAAGCAAGUCAAGCGGCAGCGCUCGUCGUCGCCCGAACUGAUGCGCUGCAAACGCCGGCUCAACUUCAGCGGCUUCGGCUACAGCCUGCCGCAGCAGCAGCCGGCCGCCGUGGCGCGCCGCAACGAGCGCGAGCGCAACCGCGUCAAGCUGGUCAACCUGGGCUUCGCCACCCUGCGCGAGCACGUCCCCAACGGCGCGGCCAACAAGAAGAUGAGCAAGGUGGAGACGCUGCGCUCGGCCGUCGAGUACAUCCGCGCGCUGCAGCAGCUGCUGGACGAGCAUGACGCGGUGAGCGCCGCCUUCCAGGCGGGCGUCCUGUCGCCCACCAUCUCCCCCAACUACUCCAACGACAUGAACUCCAUGGCCGGCUCGCCGGUCUCUUCUUACUCCUCGGACGAGGGCUCCUACGACCCUCUCAGCCCCGAGGAGCAAGAGCUGCUCGACUUCACCAACUGGUUCUGAGGGC